AUGAGCGAAGGCAUUGAGUCCAAGAUGUCGGAUCUGAAGGUUGAUGGACAGGAGCCACCAAAGUCGACCGCAGAGUCGUCGACUGGCAAGCAAAAGCCUAAGAAGCAAGACAAGGAGCGCAAAGAUCAGAAGGUAGCACACAAGUCGAAGCCGCAACAACAGGCCAAGAAGAAGCAGGAUGGUCCAGAACUCAUAGGCAUCACCGAGCCCAAGCGCGGAGACCUCUCAGAAUGGUACCAGCAAGUCAUCCUCAAGGCGGAAAUGCUCGCCUUCACCGACAUUCCAGGCUGCUACGUGUACCUCCCACCAUCGUACCGGAUAUGGGAGUUCAUCCAGGAGUACUUCAACGAGCGUAUUCGAAAGCUUGGUGUGAAGAAUGCGUACUUCCCGCUGUUUAUAAGUGAGGAUAAUUUGCAGCGGGAGGAGAGCCAUAUUGAGGGGUUUGCGGCUGAGGUUGCGUGGGUUACGCAUGGUGGGAAGAGUAAGCUGGAGAAGCGGUUGGCUGUUCGCCCAACAUCUGAGACCGCCAUGUACGACUUCUACUCAAAGAAGAUCCGAUCACACAGAGACUUGCCACUCAAGCUGAACCAGUGGAACAACGUGGUGCGGUGGGAGUUCAAGCACGCUGUACCAUUCUUACGAUCUCGAGAGUUCCUGUGGCAAGAAGGCCACACCGCACAUCUCACGGAGAAGGACGCCGGUAUCGAGGUCAUGCAGAUUCUUGAUUGGUACGCCGACAUCUACGAGCAUCUUCUUGCCGUCCCGGUCGUGAAGGGUCAAAAGACCAAGAACGAGCAGUUCCCAGGCGCGCACUACACCAAGACCAUCGAAGGCUUCAUUCCAGCAGUGGGUCGUGGUAUCCAGGCAGCAACGUCACAUUGCCUUGGCCAGCACUUCGCGAAGAUGUUCGAUAUCAAGGUUGAGGACCCGGACCAGCAGAUCAAGGAGGGCGAGAAGCGGGACAAGCUGCACGUCUGGCAAAACAGCUGGGGUUUCACUACUCGGUCCAUUGGUGUCAUGGUUCUGGUUCACGGUGACGACAAGGGUCUGGUCAUUCCGCCAAGAGUCGCCGAGGUACAAGUUGCCAUCGUCCCAGUCGGUGUGACCGCGAAGACCACCGAUGCGGACCGCGAGAAGCUCUACGAUGAGGUGCACGGCCUCAAGACUGUCCUGGAAGAAGCUGGUGUCCGCGCUGAAGUCGACCUCCGAGAAGGCUACUCCCCAGGCUGGAAAUUCGCCGACUGGGAGCUCAAGGGCACCCCUCUUCGUCUCGAGUACGGUCCAAAGGACGCAGCAAAUGGCGUAGUAACCACAUCCCGCCGUGACACCAGCGAGAAGGGCACCAUCCCAGUCGCGGAGCUCAGCAGCGGCGUUCCCAAACUCCUUGAGCAGAUCCAAAAGGACUUGUUCAUGAAGGCUUCGGACGAAUACGCCUCGCACCGCAAGAUUGUGCGUGAGUGGAAGGAUUUCGUCCCAACUCUUAACGCCAAGAACGUGCUACUGGUCGCACACUGUCUCGGCGGCGAUUGCGAGGAUGAGAUCAAGAAGGACUCGGCUGGUAAUGUCGAGGGUCAGGAAGUUGAUGCGCGUGCUCCUUCUAUGGGCGCGAAGAGUCUGUGCAUCCCACACGAUCAGCCAGAGCCGAUUGCGGAGGGGCAGAAGUGUAUCAACCCCAAGUGUGAUGCGGCGGCGCAGCAGUGGGUUAUGUUUGGACGAAGUUACUAG